AUGGCUGCAAACUCUAAAAUCCUUGUUGUUGCAUGCGCUUUGACUGAAGAAACUCGAAACAUAGUCAAUCGCAUAGUGCUUGAUGCAUUAGGUCCAAAGGGCAUCAUAAUCAACAUAGGACGAGGUGCACAUGUAGAUGAAUCUGAACUUGUAGCUGCACUGAUUGAAGGUCGUAUUGGUGGAGCUGGUCUUGAUGUUUAUCAGAGAGAACCAGAGGUUCCUGAACAAUUGUUUGGACUUGAGAAUGUUGUUCUAUUGUCUCAUGUUGCAAGUGAUACANGUCGUAUUGGUGGAGCUGGUCUUGAUGUUUAUCAGAGAGAACCAGAGGUUCCUGAACAAUUGUUCGGACUUGAGAAUGUUGUUCUAUUGUCUCAUGUUGCAAGUGAUACAGUAGAAACUUGCACAGCCAUGGCAGAUCUUGUUAUUGCAAACUUGGAAGCUCAUUUUCUUCACAAACCAUUGUUGACUCCUGUGCUCUAA